CAAAUUUAUCAGGCCUUCACUGAGCAAGUAAUCACCUCGCUCCGCACCCGUCCAUUCGAAGAUCAGGCAGAUGAGUCCUGCGCUCGUCACGAACAGGGCGAUCUUUCCCGUACGGUAUCGCGCCUCCUAGCUCGAAACGCCGAAUCCGUGCGCAUGGCGAAUAUCGGACGACCAACAAAACCGAAGAACAUUUUCGAGAUGGAUCUGCCUUCAACAUUUGCUUACUGA